AUGUGCAACUCCGAUGGAGAUUGCAGGCCCUUGGGUUUCUUGUUGGGUCUUCCCUUUGCCUUUCUCUGCCUCCUUCUCUCAAUCGUCGGUGUAAUUGUCUGGAUUGUUGGAUUGUUCCUGACAUGCAUAUGCCCCUGCUGCUUGUGUCUUACCAUAAUAGUGGAGCUUGCGUUAGGGUUGGUGAAGGCUCCACUGCAUGUCAUGGAGUGGUUCACUUCUCAGAUCCCUUGUUGA